AUGGCGAUGCUGAUAGCGAAGCGAUCUCAGGCUGCAGAGAGCGAGGGAACUGCUGUCGGUGCUGCUCGCCAGGCGCCCAUGACGAGGAGCAAGAAAGCUGCAAAGGCGACGGACAAGCCAGCGACAAAGCGGACGAUCGCGCCCACUGACAAGUCAGCAAACGCUGCCAAGACCACGCCUGCCACCGGCAAUGCAAAGCAGAAGGGGGAGGGGUCAGACACUUCGUCAGACACUUCGCCAAGCCCCCGUAAGCAGAGGAAGACUGCCAAGAAGACUGGCGAAGGAUCCAAUGGGACGACGCGCGAGUUGGGCGCCGCGAGUACAUCGAAGGACGAGGCGACGACUCGCGAUGAAGAGACGACUCCCCUGGUACCCAAGCACGCGCUCCGGUCCACGUGCUUGGCUCUACAAAAGAAGAUCGCAGACGAAAAGGGCGAGCACCGGCAAGGCUCACGGCGCAAGGCAGGUGAUUACUACAAGAUGGCAGACUACCAGAAGCGUGUGUGGGCGGAGAAAUACACAGCUGCUAGGAACAGCGGCAACGACUUGGACUACGAGGCUUUGAGCAAGUUGACUCAAUUCAAGGCGUUCAAAAACAACCCAGAAGAGCUCCAGCGUCACGAGCCUGCGCUGCUGAAAGAAUUCUACGAGGUUUACUUAGCAGACCAAGCCCUGAAAGCAGACGCACACGCGCAGACCGCUGGAUCGGGUUCGUCGAAGCUAUCGCAACGUGGCGGAGCCGAGCACCUGGCGAUCGAGCAAUGCGACAUCCAGGCGGCUCAGCAGCUUACCGCAGCCAGAAACCAAGCAUCGCUAGCGUCAGACCAAGCUCCAGGGCCUCCAAUCUCGCAGACACCCGUGGCCGUGCAGGAGGAACCACUGCAGCAGUUCCGAGAGAAGCUGGAUGAAGAGAAGCAGAAAGGGGCUCGACAGCUGGAGGAGGAACAAGCACGCUCAAGGAAAUUAGAGGAGCAGUUAGCAGCCGCUGCGAAGGAGCUGGCCGAACUCAGGAAUGAUGGCAGUGGUGAUGGCAGUGGCGUGACGAGAUGUACCGUGAUAGCGCAUGAGUGGAAGAAGACGGCUGCAAAACUAGCCGAGGAGAAGGCGAUUUCAAGUGACUUGCGCAACAAACUUGCCCAUGUGGAAACUGAGUUGAAUUUGUCGAAGCAAUCCGUCACCACGCACGCAGACAAUCUACUUAAGGUGCAGGCUAGUCAUGCUAAGAAACUCCAGGAUGUGCACGAAGACAUGAACAACCUCACGAAAGAGGUGGACGAGCGCAAGAAAAAACUGGAGGACCGCGAGAACGAGGUGGCUACGCGAGAGAAGAAUAUGGAGAACAAGGAGGAAGAACUACAAGUCAAAGCCGAGGAGCUGCAAUCUCAUGAGGCCAAGCUCAAAGAGGAGGGCCGGCGUCUCCAGAACGUAACCCAUCGCCUGCAACGGGAGCGGGAGCAGUUGGACGGGGAUAAAAAGAAACGAGAGAAGCCGAGUCGAGAGAAGCAACAAGGAGGCCGAAUAUCGCUGAGGCAGGCGAAGAUUUUGAAUGAAAUGAAGCGCCAGACCCGGCUCCUGGAAGAGCAGUUCAAGAACAACGGGUGCCCAGCUGCGUUUAAAGAGCUCGAAGCCAACCGCAACCGGAUCGAGGAAGAGAGGGCGGCUGCGCUAGAGGCGGUGAAAACGGAGAACAGCGGAUUACAAGACACCAUCGCGAGGCUAGAGCUGUACUUGAGUAUGUUCAAGCAUAGCGCGGUGACCGAGAAAUCUAUCGAAGAGUUCACGGAAUGGAACGCCGUCAUCCGAGAUGAUAAGCCGCUUGAGUUUUUGCUUCAGUGUGGAAACACGAGCACAAUGCAGAAGACGCGCGACGUCAUUCUGGGCAAAAUGAAGGAGGCGUUUGGAUCGAAGACAGCGGACGCUGAAGAGUUCAAGGCGCUUGCGGUCGAGUUCUGGGAGAAAAGAAAUGAGUUGGACCACGACAAGACAUGGACCGUCAUCCACUCGAUGGACCACGGCAGAUACGCGUAUGUAUGCACGGAGAUUAUGGAAGCAUUGGGCGUGUUGGAGAAAACCAUUAAUCCUUACUCUGCUGUAGUUGUGUGUGCUGCUGCGUAA